AAGUCCGAAAGAGCGAGCACAGCUGUUUCCACAGUGAAGUUUAUAAGACGUCUCAUUCCAUAGUCAUGCGCUGAUCUAGUUAUUCUUUUGAUACACAUGUCUUGAUGUCAAGUGUCCUACUCGUCAUUUGCACGGAACAGAAAAAUAUUCUUACUGCUUUGGUGAUAUUUGACCAUACAUCAUAACAUUCUCAACACAUUUAAACAAACCUUUUGAGGAAAUCAGAUUUUUGGCCUAUCCGUCACUCGGGAAAGCAUAUUUCGACACCAUGAGCAAGCUAUUUGUCAUCAUCGUCACGGUGACAGCUCCACAUGACCAUGUUCAAAAGGUCUUCCCAGCGCAUCUUGAAUGGCUUCAAAAGCACUUUUCCUCUGGAAAUCUGCUGUCUAUUGCCCGAACGAUAAACGAGCUCGGUGCGAUCAAUAUCGGCGUUGCAGAGUCGGAGGAAGCUAUGAAGGAAAUCAUGGACACCGAUCCAAUUAUGCCUGGUGUUGCCAAGUAUGAGCUCAAAGAGAUCGAAAUCUCAAAGAUGAGUCCAGCUUUGCUCGCAUUUGCAAGAUCUGAGAAGUAAAGGAGGGGAAUGAGUUGAUAGACUGCAUGUUGUCGAAUCCUCUCUGCUGUGGACGCGCCUGCCUAGCUCGCAGCACUUUGGUUCCUUAAUUUCAACUGCAAUGAAGUUAUUUUUGCUCUCUUUUUUGGUAAUUGUUGAGAGUUCUUAAAAUUUGAAUCUCCCCGCUCCUCGACUCCAUUUUUCUUUGCAACAAAUCAAUUUCCCUUGGAGAAAGAAAAGUCAACCACCUCCGUAGAUUUAUGUUGCAACGCCACGCUAAAGUUUUCACGCAUUUAUGCUCGCCGAAUCUCCCACUUCAACUCCUGAAUGCUAACUUCUUCUC